UUUAUUUUAUUUCUAGAUGUUCGCCAUCGCAUCCAAUAAAAUCCCCUCAUUCCCUUCCUCUCUCUCUACUCCAUACAUCCUUUUCUUUCAGUCCACUUUUUCUUUUGAUCUUCGUUUUACUCAUAACCGGCCAUUUUCAGUCUGUUUUGACAGGGGAGAAUAUUAUUAAUAAAUAAUGGAAAACAAGGAUCAGUACAAACAAGCAUUGGAAUCAAAAUACGACUGUCUUCUCUUUGAUUUAGAUGACACCCUUUAUCCUAAGGCUUCGGGUCUUUCAGCCCAAGUCACUAAUAACAUUAAAGAAUAUAUGAUUCACAAGCUUGAAAUACAGGAGGAUAAAGUCCCUGAAUUAUGUUCCUCUUUGUACAAGAAGUAUGGGACAACAAUGGCUGGUCUCAAGGCUAUGGGAUAUGACUUUGACUUUGAUGAUUUCCACAGUUUCGUCCAUGGGAGAUUGCCUUACAAUCUGCUUAAACCAGACCAUGUUCUGAGGAGUCUUUUGCUCAGCAUUCCUAUUCGGAAAAUUAUUUUUACAAAUGGGGACAAGAAUCAUGCGGCUAGAGCACUUAGCAGGCUUGGAUUGGAGGAUUGCUUUCAGGAAAUUAUAUGCUUUGAGACUCUAAAUCCAAAUUAUAAGGAAGCUAAGCCUGCUGUUAGCGAGGGUAAAUCUGAGUUGGGACAAAGCAGUGACAAUGGAGAUUCAGCUCUUCCAAAGUCUCCAGUUGUCUGCAAACCAUUUGAAAAUUCAUUUGAAGAAGUUUUCAAGAUGCUGAAAAUCAACCCUCAACGAUCUGUAUUCUUUGAUGAUAACAUCUACAAUAUUCAAACUGGGAAAAAAAUGGGCCUCACUACUGUUUGGGUUGGUUGUUCUCACCGAAUUGGUGGUGUUGAUUAUGCACUAGAGAGCAUUCAUAACAUCAAAGAAGCAUUACCUGAGCUGUGGGAAGCCGAAGAGUCCAAAAAUGUCAAAUAUUCUCGGAAAGUUGGAAUUGAAACAACUGUACAAGCUUAGUUUUAACUAUUAUGUGUGAUGUUAAUGUGACAGACAAUAUGAGGGUAGCUAAUUAUGCUUUGUUUAUAUGUAUUUUUAUUUCUUCUUAUAAAUGCUUUGUAUUACUAAGUUGAAUAUCAAUGAAUAAACGGUAUAUUAUUCAA